CGACCACCGUGGAAGCCAUACGAACGAUGUUUUGAACGCUCGCCAUACUUUCGACUCUCUGUUUUUUCUUCUUUUCGCUGGUUUUUUAAGUCUUCACUUUCCGACGACUCUUUCAGGCUAUACAUGUAACGAAAACCACCCUCUUUAAUUUUUUUUUCUUUUCGUUUCCUCGAGUUCACCAGACCGGAAAAUAUUUAUUUCUUCAUAACAGUGCGCCGUUUUUGAAUACGAACUCAAUCGCGAGUGCUGCAUUCACAUCGCGAAAACGAAGUUCUACGAAGUAUUUGAAAUUAAGAAAUUAUCUUCCUCUCAAAAUGACGGUAGAAAGUUCAUCGUUGUUCAAACUGGAGACUACGUCGAGAGAAAUCCUAUAACGGAGGGAUUGAGAACAGCCCUAGCCCGACUGCGACAGAGAUCGACACCCCCUGAAAGUCAAACGUCCCCCUCGCACCGACCUCAACAAAACCACCAAUUCUACCAUCACCAGUCACGCUUCGACGGCGCUCCCCCGCCAUCACCAUCAUCAACUUCAUCAUCUGCGGCACCAUCAUCGAACAGCCACUGCCCUUCCGCACCUUCCAGCCCAUGUCCUAGGAUGACCGUGAACUCGCAGUCGGGCCCCCCCAAGUCCCCCCGACCACCCGACGAUCUCAUCACCACAGCUACCUCGGCUCUGCGGCGGUUCCACUUCAAAUCCGGACGGAACGCCACCAAAACCUCCGCCGCCAAGCAACAGAGCCAGCCAGUGCCGAAAGUAAUAGUGAUGGGUAGCAGUACGGCGUCAGAGACCACGAUAAACACCAGUACCGAUAGUUCGAAUACCAUUGUAACAACUGUAACGGCUACUGAUGGCACCGACGAGAGUCUCGACUACCCCGAGCCGAUGGAUCUCUUCUCGUGCGACAACAUCGCCGAGAACUCCAAGUUGUGCAAUCCCGCAUUGCCGAUGCCGCUGAGUCCGAAAACGCCGGCGACGGCGAGAGAAAAGACGCCGCCGACGGCCAAGAACCAAACGAUGUUCACCUUCGAGAUAAACGAGGCGGAAUCGUCGGCCCUCUUGGAAGACGUUACGCCUAAGUCGAGAACGGAGGAAACCGCGUUCCUGGUGGAGACGGCUCCGAAGCGACCCAAGACGGUCGACGCGCUGAUGCAGGAGCAGAUAGAGGCCUUGAGGAUAGACGCUCGCAGGCGGAACAGCUACAAGCAGGCGGCUCAGAAUUUCGACGAGAUCGAGGUGAUGAGCGACGGGUACUUCAACGCGAACGCCUCCAAGGAACACCGGAGGAGUUUCAGGAAGAGGCUGGAGGUGGAUAAGCAGAAGAUGGAGAAGACUUCGCCGAAGAGACGAGCUGAGAGGAACGUUAAUUCUUCGCCGGAGGAAACUGAUUCGCCUAGACCUAAGCAUAGGCAUAAAAAAUCCAGCAGACGGACGCGCUCGCCGAGCAAGUACCACCACACGCAAACGGACAAGUUCACCUACGACGACCGGCAGAUGCCGAAGUACCGCACGCGCUCCUCCAUAUCGUCGGCGUCGUCGUCGCGACGCACGCCCCCGCUGCCCGACCUGAGGGUGGACUUCUUCAGCGAAACGGGCGACGGAUAUUGGCACAAGCAAAACGAGCAAAACUCCUUGCACUCGCUGGGCAUCGCGACGGGCGUCUCGGGCGAGAAGAGAGGCAGCGUGUGCUUGACCAAAUGCCUAAGAGAGGUGGGCGCCCACUUGGAGCAGACCUGCACGUCGCCGAUCAACGUGACUACGAAUCCGCUGGACCCGGCUCAUUUCGCGGCCGGCGGCAGCGGCACCAGGAAAACGCCUCAGGCGACGAUAGUCGUCCAACAGCCCUCGGUCAGUUUGGAUCACGCGAACGUGUCGACUAUACUGCUGAAGAACGAGAGCGAUUUCGUGUCGAACGUGCAGGAGGGCGCCAACAAGGGUCGCCUCAAACGCGAGGAGAACAUGAAGCAGCUGCUGGACGUUGCGCAUAAUCUUACGUUGGAGGAGAUGCACGAUUUCGAAAUGAGAUACGGAAGUCCUCAUCACAACAGGUCACAAUCUGUGAAAACUCCGGGCCGCGCUUCCGGCAGGCCGAAUUACUUAUGCCUGCCACAGCAGCGGUCCAGAGUGGCCUCCAUGCCGAACACCGGAGUGGAGGAAGAGUACUAUCGCUUGAGGCAUUUCUCCAUCACCGGAAAGGGCGUAGUCAACAGAGGAGACAGCUUGAAAAGCAGAAGGUCGCGAUCGAAUAACUCCGUCGCUUCGAGCAAUUCGAGCACUGAACAAUUGCCAACGGCUGUGUCUGCGGCUGGUUCCGCACGAACGUCGGCAUCCUGCAGCCUGGCGUCUUCCAGAGAAUCCUCGACGAGCGCCCCGGGGCCCACUCCUUACAAGGUGUUAAUGCUGGGCGGCCCUGCGGUCGGAAAAUCCUCUCUAGUUUUACAAUUCAUGACAUCCGAAUAUUUGCACGCGUACGACACUAGUAUAGAUGACGAGAGCGGUGAGAAGUCUGUGUCUGUUCUAUUAGCGGGCGAGGAAUCCGAACUUUGUUUUAUAGAUUUCGCCACUGCGGAUCUAUCGCCGGAAAGUUGCAUCCAUAAAUACUUGGAUCCGCACGCUUAUUGCGUCGUCUACAGCAGCGCCGACCGAUCGAGUUUGGAUACAGCGGAAAAAAUUCUACAGAAUUUAUGGACUUUGGAUACUAUCAGUACGAAGGCGGUGAUUUUGGUGGCCAACAAGGCGGAUUUAGUGAGGUCCAGGGCGGUUACUACUGAAGAAGGUAAAACCAUGGCGACUGCUUACGACUGCAAAUAUAUAGAGACAUCUGUAGGAAUCAAUCACAACGUGGACGAACUGCUGGUAGGAAUUCUGACGCAGAUCCGGUUAAAACUGGAGAAUCCCGAAAGGACGCGCGACAUUUUCCGGAAGCGCAGCUCCUCCAAGAAAAAUUUGAACAGGAAUAAAAGUCCGGCGUCCGGAGCGGCGACGCCGACGGGCAGCGCUCAAAAUUCGCCAAAGAAAUACAGGGGCUCGAGGACGUCGGCCAGUUUAAAAGUGAGAAGCCUGUUGGGCAAGGUGUGGUCGAGGGAUAGCAAGUCGAAAUCUUGCGAGAAUUUACAUGUAUUGUAAACGAAUUGUGAUAUUUAUUUAGUUGACGUUUAUUUCGUAAGGAAGUGCGCGAAAAUGGUUUUUUUUUGUAUAGGAGAAAAUGUUGGUAGAUAUAUAUUAUAUUUACAUGCGAUCUCGUUUAGUUCGCUUCGUUGUCUGUAAUUUUUUUGUUAUUUAACAAGAGAUUUUGAUGAAAGUGUAUCUGAUUGUCUUUAAAUCACGCCCAAUGGGAUUGAGGUCAUGACUCUGCAAAACGGAGUGUCCUAUAUUUAUGCAUUAGCGUUGCAAAUAAUGUAUUUUAUUAUCAACGUACUUUAACAGAUUUUUUUCAAUCCACUUUAAAAGAAGAACUAAACGUAUAAGUACUAGCAUUUUCGUUUUAAUAGAGGAUUUUACACGUGUUCCAGUAAUCUCAUAAUAAAAUCCCCUAUCGUAAAUUGAGUUUAGAUAUAGUACAAUUUUAUUGUGAUUAAUUUUUACUUCGAAUCAAUCAGUUUCAUUAUCUAUAAGUUUGUUUUUAUACUCGUUUAAAUUAUACCUGAUGUAAGUGUUGUUUCUAUAGGUAUUUUUGUUUUUUUUUAAUUAAACGUUUUUUUAUAGAUUAUUGUAAUUGAUUUUAUUUUAACACGUGACGCGCACUAAUUAACGCGAAACGGUCUUCCUUUCGAACGAAUUUCAAUCCUAACUCAACAUAUCCCCGCAUUGAUCCAUAUCUCACGAUAUAAGCACAAAUCGGCGCAAGGGAAAUCGUUUCGUUUUAUUUUUUAUAGUUUAUAGUGGAAUAAUAAGGGUCAAUUUUUUUACCACAAUUACCCGGGUCCAUACGAUCUAUAACACCAAACCAAUACGCCCCUCUUGGAAUGUGUAGAAAACAAAUUAUUUAUAAUAAAUAUUGUAAUUUUAAUAUCGCUCCUCGUUCGUCCGGUGGCCAAAGCUGAAUAUAUUCUCUACUUCUAUAUGUUAAAUGUCAAUGAGCAACAAAAUAAAAAUAGUCGGUGUUGUGUCCCAAAAUUAAUUAAGGGUGUAUAUUACCUCCUAACUGAUCGCUCUAUUACUUUUCCUUUAGCUGUAAGUUAAUUUGUAUAUAAUCCGGAACAUAAGAUUUAUGGAUUUAUACACCCUUAGUUAGUAAAAUUAGUGAUAAGGGUUGAUUCUAUCAUAGAGCAUUAACCCUUUUUAUCUACAAUUAUUGACACUAUUCGAACCCCGUGCAUGUAAAUGUCUAUUUUAAACCGAUUAUCAGUUAGAACCCACUCUAUUAGUAAAAUUAAUAUACACAAUUUUUCCUAUUAUGUGUCUAUAAAAAACAUUCCCUCUAUUCUAGAUUAAAAACGAAUUAAGUGGCACUAGGAUUAAAACGUGUUCUGGAUUAAAUUCUUAUUAAGUAUGACGUGUAUCAAAUGCAAUAAUAAUUUAUACCGCGACGCGAUGCGACGUCGGCGCUGCCAUGACGGCGGCGUCGCGACGUCCAACGCCCGGUGAGUUGUUUAGCGAAUGCCGCCGCACGAACGAGCAGUUCGUUUAAUCAAUUCGGGUCCACCUUGUUGUAAUGUAUUGUAGAAAUGUAUAGAAAAUAGUUGUUAAAAGCAUAUAUCAUAACGGAUGGGUCUGUUUCGUAGGCUCUGUUUUUACAAGAUUGAGGUUCUUGUUGAAAGCGCAUUCGCUAUUAAUAUGUAUAAUGGAUUUUUAAAGAGUUUCAUGUGCGAAACAGGCCUGCACCUGCAUUUUAUUAUUAAUAAUCUAGAUGUUUUCGGAUGUUAUACAUAAUUACUUAUAUACAAUAAAUCGAAAGGCAAAGCGAUGCGUGUCUAAUUAAAAGGGAGAAACACAUUUUUGAACGAAGGCAAAUUUUUAUGAAAUAAUUAAAAAUUAUAUUUAAAUGUACAAUUACCGUUUCAACUGUAAAUUUUUGUAUGUAAUUAACGAUUAACAAAUCAAUCUAACAAUUCAAAAUUCUAAUAUUAUCAAUCACUAUUAAAUAACUCGACUUUAAGUUUCGUUCGAAUGUUUUCGACGAAUUAUACUGGAGAGCAAAAUUACCUAGAAAUUCGAUUAUCAAACAAAAUUUAAAAAGAUUGUUAGAGGCUUAAAAAUUUAAUUAUUAAUGUAAAAUAUGAAACAUUUAGGUACCUAAUUUAAUAAAAUAUUUAUAUGCGACUUAUAUUAAAAUAAAUAUAUGCAUUGUAUAAAAUUUAAGAGUGUCCUGUUAAUUUUACACUCCAGCAAAGUUAACAUACGACCAAUUUUCGUUGUGCCUUUUGUAGAAGGGGCUUAGCAGUUCGAAAAUAGCUUUAGAAAGAAGAAACGGACUGAACCGAUCGACAAGUCAUAAUUUUUACAACUAUUAACGCAUAGAUAAUAGAUGUUUUAUAAAUAUCUCAUUCGAAUCGAAUCUUAUGUGAAUUUAUAGGACGUUUAUUGUUCAUUUAUUGAAGUAAAAUCAAAUCAAAUCAAUUUUUAUCGAUUUCAUGUGUCACGAGACCAUUCCUUCUACACAGAAAAUUGUAUUUUAGAUAGUCGAGAGUGUUAUAACGCAUUAUCAAUGAAAUAUCUCCGUAUACAUUUCUGUAAAUUUCGCUAAAUUUCUUAAUGUUACAUAUGUAUCUUCCAAAGCGAAAUGUGUAUUUCAAAUUGUUCGUAUAUGUUUAGCUUCUAAGAGAUAUAUUUAAUUAGCUGUUUGAGUGCCAAUUUUGUCGGAAUACAUUUCAAUUACAUGUCCAAUAAUGUCUAUUCAAUGUCGAUGAAUGUUUAAUUAAAAAAUUAGCACUAUUUGUUGUCGUUUAUUACUAAAGUGAAGAGGAACAUGAAACAAUAUUAGCAGCAAAAGAACAAAUAAUUAAGUGUACUUGUGCUGGUAGAUUGAACAAUAUUCAUAUGAGAAAUGGUAGAAUAAAUAUUUGAUAGUUUUCUAACAUGAAUGGAAUUAAUAUUAUCUAGUCGUAACGGAGAUUUUCUUUAAAAAUGAUAUAGUAUUUAUUUGGUUAAGUGUUUUUAAACUCUUUAACUACUUAUCAACAUUAAAUAUUGUUACAUGUUCUUGUUAGACUUUUGUGUAAUAAAUUUUUAUAAACUGUUCGGAUAUUCGGGUAUACAUUAGCAAUAGUAAACGAAUCACUUUGAAUUAUCUAUAAACCCAAUUUGUAAUCUGCUGCCUAUUGUCAUUAUAAACAAGUUUGUUGUUUGAGAGUGCACUUUGUUUACUAUAAAAAUUAAGUGUACCUACCCUUUGAAAUAUGUACAGAUAAAAUCCUGUAUUGUUGCCCAAUUGAAUAUCCCUAGAAUAUUAAGUUACUGUGAAAAAUAUCUAUUAUAAUUUCUCUUCGAUACUUUUUUUAUUGAAUGAAUAUUACAAUUAAACUGACAUAUUAUUGAAAAAAACUU